AUGUUUUGUACUUCUUGUGGCGUGGUUUGUAUCGAAGAAGCAAACUUUUGCCAUGAAUGUGGUUCUAGAAUAAACGUUGUUGUUGAUAACUUUGAAUAUAAUAGAGAUAACAUUGACAAUAUAAUAGAGGAAUAUUUUUAUCAUGGUUAUCGAUAUCACGAUAUUGUAGGCUUGCUUGCAAAACACCAUGGAGUUCAGAUUCACGUAAGAACACUGAAACGAAAACUAAAAGAGCUUGGCUUAAAGCAACGAGAAACUGAUUUUGACGAACAAGCUGUUCGCAUGUGCAUAGAAAAGGAAAUGCAAGACGCUGGUUCGCUUGCGGGUUAUCGUUAUAUCUGGCAUGCCGUGCGUUUAACGCAUCACUUAAUCGUACCACGCGGAGUAGUAUCUGCUAUUAUGAGAGAGAUUGAUCCAGAUGGAGUCAGGGAGAGGAAGGCGAGACGCCUGCGGAGAAGAACGUAUGUUUCAUUUGGACCAAAUUUUGCCUGGCACAUAGAUGGUAUGUACAUACUUAGACAAAUAUAUUAACACAGUCAAUACCAGUGAACUAUACAGUAUAUGUUAUAUUGAUAUUUCAGUGGUCAAUACACCGUUCCGAUAAUUAUGUCAUAAAUACUUUUUGAAUUUUGGCCUGAAAGCCUCUGCUUUCAAGAAUGUUGAUCCAAUCUCGGCCUGAAUCCCCCACGUAUUUAUUAAGGGAAGCCUCACAUAUCGAUUUUGUCCACGAGAAACGUCAUAUGAUGUUUCUCGUGGAAAAAAUCGAUAUGUGAGGCUUCCCUAAUGAAAGCGAUGUUUCCAGGUCAAAAAGUAUUUAAUUACGACGUAACUAUCGUAAGGGUGUGCGAUUUUUGCUCCCAAACUUUGGAAUGCUUGAAUAAAUGAGAAGUUUUUGUGUCUCUGAUUAAAAACAUUUGUUAAUUGCUUUCAGGUUACGAUAAACUGAAACCAUAUGGGUUUCCAAUACAUGGAUGUAUAUGUGGAUAUAGCAGGUGGAUAAUCUGGUUGGAGGUUGUCAAAUCAAAUAAUAAUCCUAAGAUUCCUGCCAGGUUGUUCCUUGAUGCCGUUGGAAAUUUAAAAGGAUGUCCUCGAGUUGUACGGUCGGACUGCGGAACAGAAAAUGUUCUAAUUGCUGGGAUGCAGUCCUAUUUCAGAGCUCAUGGUAAUGCUGAAUAUGCUGGUGUGAAAGCUCAUCAGUGCGGGUCAUCGCCAUCAAACCAGCGUAUUGAGGGUUGGUGGUCUUUUUUUAGAAGAAGCAAUUCAACCUGGUGGAUCAAUAUUUUUAAAGAUAUGAGUGAUUCUGGAAUUCUCGAACUUGGUACAAUUAAUCAGAUCUACAAGUUUGGAAGAUGA